GCCCGCCCCGUGCUGGCAAAAGUGAUCGUCGUUAGAAAAACAGUAUCAUUUGGUGGGGAAGCGAGAGAGAUCUGCGGGCUUGGACGUUGGCCGGAUGGUUAAAUCCAACCUACAGACGAUACUGAAUAGCCAUUGUUUUGUGCGCGAAAAAGAGAGAAAUAUUUCCAAAAUGCCUGUCAUUGAGCUGAAUAGUAAUAACCCAGAAAGUGAAAGUGUGCGUCGUUGCUCCCGGUGUUGCAGUAACCCGUGUCCGGGGCCUCUGUGGUGUUCCGAUGCCCCUCUCCCACCCCUGAAGAUCCCAGGUGGGCGGGGGGACGGCCAGAGGGAUCACAAUCUUACAGCUAAACUAUUCUAUUCUGAUAAUCAUCUGCUGGUUUUUGAGGAGCCUGCCCAGCUGAGUGGCCGAGUGCGCUUCCUGCUGUUCGAGGCGCAGCGCGCCGAGGCCAAGGCAGCGGCCUGGAGGGCAGCGCUGAAGGGGACAAGUCUUUAUGUAGAGAUUCCCCCUGGAGCCCUGCCUGAAGGCAGCAAGGACAGCUUUGCUCUGUUGCUGGAGUUUGCGGAGGAGAAGCUGCACGUGGAUCACAUCUUCAUCUGCUUCCACAAGAAGCGAGACGACCGAGCAUCGCUGCUUCGGACGUUCAGUUUCCUGGGCUUUGAGAUUGUGCGACCAGGUCAUCCCCUCGUCCCUUCCCGCCCUGACGCGUUCUUUAUGGCUUACAGCAUCGAGAAAGACUCAUCCGACGACGAAUAAGCUUAAUACACACACACACACACACACACACACACACACACACACACACACACACACACACACUCUGACUCUUUAAUACACACUCUUUCUCCACCAUCAUUCUCAGUGAAUGACAAAGAAUCAAGAAAUUAAAACUGAGCGUAGAAUUUUUCAGUGACACUUGUUUUUCAUUUCACGCCACCUCUUUGAAGUCGUGCUGUAGAAACGUGACAUUUGCACUUGUUUUGGAUCUGGAUCUCAUUCAAGCUUACACCUGGCACACAUUAACUUGUUACUUUUCCUACCAGGGCUUGUCCCAGUUCACUGAGGCAUCAGCCUGCCCUCCUCCACAGAGUCGAGGGCACUUGAGAGAGAGGGGGCAGUCGGGCUGAUAACCCUCUCACUCUUCCUAUCAAAUGGCCCAGUGGAAUGUCAGCCAUUUUGUUUCUGCCUGUCCAGUUACUUUAGUGCAGUAUGAGGAAGGGAGGCAGUGCAGGAAAUGAGCUGGAACAGAUCCCCAGGAUUUUUUUGUUUGUUUGUUUUUGGUUUAAUUAUUCUCUAGUCCUCCAACUCCCUCCAUCCUCCACUUUACUGAUCAUCUCUAGGGUGUAAUAUUUAUGAUUGAAGGUGGCCAUGCAACAUUAAAACAUUAUGUGAGGUAGUUUUGUUUCUCAUGGCUAUUUCAUGUUGAUUUUAAUGUUUGUAUUGAUUUUUUUUUUUUAUGUGUGCAUGAAUCUGAAUUUUAGUUGUGAUUCUAUUGAAGAUUGAACUCUGCAUGUUGUAACAGUGCACAGAAUAAAGUGCUCAAACAUA